CCAGCGGCACGUCUUCUGUCUGGACCUCUUUCAUGCAAAUUGUGGACAAAGACAACAAAAAAGUAAGCACAGUUAAGUGUAUUACAUGUGACGCGUUGUUAAAGUUUGAUUCGCCAAAAACAGGGAAGUCGCAUCUUUUAAAACACACAAGUUCGUGUGGAAAAAAUGUCACAAUGCAAACUUCGGUGGCGUCAUUUAUUAGACUGGGAGUCGUUCCAAAAAAAGCUAAGGAUGCCAUUGUGGAAAAAUGCACAAAAGUCUGUGCUAAGGAUUUAGGGGCCUUUCGCAUGUUUGAAACACCCACCUUUGUCGAGCUUGCAAAAACAAUAUUGCACACGGGAGCAACACAUGGCCGGUUUGAUGUGAAGGACUUCAAAGGACUUCCUUCUGAUGUGAAGUUAUCUCGUUUCACACAAAAGAAAUAUGAAAGUCUCAGGGCAGAGCUCCUCCCAACAAUUAAAAAAGCCAUAGCUGAGGGACUGGCAUGUGGAGCAUCCACAGACAUGUGGACAGAUGACCACAGGAAGGUCAGUUACAACUGCAUCACACUGCAUUACAUAGAUGAUAACUGGGAGUUUAAUAGUAGGAUCAUAUGUACAUGUGCAUUUCCACUCGGGGCAAAGAAAACUGCCUUAAACCUGAAAACAGAACUGCUCAAGCAACUGGGUGAAUUUGGUUUGACCCCAGAUGAGGUCGACAGACUGGUGUUUGUCAGUGACCAAGCAUACUGAAUACAGUGCUAAAGCACACUUUUAAGAAGUCUAAUGAAGGUGAUGAAGAGGAUGAUGGAAAUGAGGAAGAACUGCAACAAGUAAGAGCCUGCAUUGAGCAAUGCAAGUCCCUUACAACAUUUUUUAAACACUCUGGAUUACAACUUAGACUCAAGCAGUCUUUGAAACAAGAAUGUGAAACAAAACUGGAGAUGGUCAAAUCUGUGCUUAAUGCGUUUGAUGACAUUCAGUCCAUUCUGCUUGAACGAGGAGAGAUGCACCGCAUGAGUCACAUUUCCAAAGACAUUCUCCAGAUGCUUAUCCAUUUCUUGCAGCCUUUCAAGCAGGCAACUGAAGAGCUCAGUGGCUCAAAGUAUUGUACAAUAAACUUAGUGGCCCUCUGGAAAACCACACUGCUUACCCAUUGCCAGUUCUCCCAAGAUGAUCCAGUGCCACUCAGGAUAAUGAAACACAGGUGCAUGGGGCUAAUUUCUGAACGGAUAGUUUUGGGACACCAUGAAAAGCUUGGUGUGCUGCUCUGGCCAAAAUUCAAGCAGCUUCGGAUGUUCACCCCAGAAGAGAGAGAGGAAAUAUAUGAAAGCACGUGUAGAGAGUUGGCCAGCCUCCCUAAAAGAGCUACUACAACUGAGGUGAAUGCCCAGCAACAGCAAGAAGAAGAUAAAGAGAUGGCUAGGUCAGUACCACCACCAGGAGCAGUGCCAAUCUUUAGCCAGUGGGCUGACAUCGAGGAUGCUGAAUUGGACACAGGACUUGACGAACUAGAACAAUAUUUGCAGCGCAAGCCCACAAUGGAAAACGAUAGGGACAUCCUUAGUUUUUGGAAGCAUAACCAAAAUUUGUUUCCAUCAAUGGCACGGCUGGCAAGAAAAAUACUUUGUGUGCCUGCAUCCAGUGUGAGCUGUGAAUUGGCCUUCAGCAUCUCUGGUCGCACAUUGGAGAAUCGUCGGACCUGCCUCAGCACUGCUAGUGUAAAUGUGAACAUGAAAAUGAAAGCAGCCCUACACCUCUAA